CGAUUUCGAUAGAUAGAUAGAUAGAUAGAUAGAUAGAUAGAUAGAUAGAUAUUUUCAUUUUUAUCAGUCUUCAUCCCGUGUUAAAAGCAAUUGAGAAUAUUUCUGCUUGCUAGGUCGGUACCUCUGAAUAUUUUAAACAAUGUCGCAAUCUCUUCACUGAAGUAGACGUCAAGCCAUUUGUUUGGGUAGGUCAGACCAAUCGAACGCAUUGCUUGGAUUCUAUGGGAGCCGAAAAGGAUCUAACAUCGCCUGAAAACGAUCCCUCCAUGCGGAUCACAACGCAAUUGGCUUUCUUCAUAGACCUCUGCAGCUUUAAAACACCGACCAUGGAAGCAUCGUUGCAGUUGCGGUACGAUGUCUGUGAGCGGCAGGUUCAGCAGUGUACGGGCAGCGGCAAUGCUGCGGUCUGAGGCGGUCUAAUCAGUAGGCUACUGCACCUGCAGUAACUGUAGCCUAUGCUAUGCAAGAACAGACUUCAUUUAUUUUAAACUUGGUCUAUCUUAGCCGGAACUUCAUGGAUGUCAUCCACAUCGCAUACAAAUUAAGCUUGUCCGGUCAGCGUUGGCGAGUUUACGGCUUCUAGCCAUGAUUGUUCACCCAGGCAGUAUCUUCAUUAUUAUAAGCCGUGCCACCGCUGUCGGCGGCAGGACAGUCCGACCAGCAGCCGAGGAGAGGUGUUUAGCGAAAUAGCCCAGCUAUGGCUAGCUGCAGAUUCAACGGAGGUGUGAUGCGGCCGCUUAGUAACUUCAGCUCCUCUCGCAGAAACCUGCACGAGUUUGAUUUAGAGUCGCAGCCCUUACAACCAGUAUCUACCACAGAUACGUCCGAAAUCGUGGUUUCUAAGCCGGAUCAUAACUCAACUAACCUCAUGCCUCACGCGUCAGUCGAAGGAGGGGGAGGAUGUAACAGUAGUGGAAACAAAUCGGGUAAAAAGAAAAAUCAGAACAUUGGGCAAAAGCUUGGACACAGAAGAGCCUUAUUUGAAAAAAGAAAACGCCUGAGUGAUUAUGCAUUGAUCUUCGGAAUGUUUGGAAUCGUCGUUAUGGUUAUUGAAACAGAACUCUCUUGGGGAGCCUAUGGAAAGGAGUCUCUUUAUUCAUUAGCUCUCAAAUGCCUGAUAAGCCUUUCUACCCUCAUCCUGCUUGGCUUGAUUAUUAUAUACCAUGCAAGGGAAAUUCAGUUAUUCAUGGUGGACAACGCCGCCGACGACUGGAGAAUAGCCAUGACGUACGAGAGGAUCUUCUUCAUCUGCCUGGAGAUGUUGGUGUGCGCUAUUCACCCAAUCCCCGGGAACUACACUUUCACCUGGACGGCCCGCCUGGCCUUCUCCUACAUCCCGUCCAAGACCGACGCCGACGUGGACAUCAUCCUCUCGAUCCCCAUGUUCCUCAGACUGUACCUCAUCGCCAGGGUCAUGCUCCUGCACAGCAAGCUCUUCACCGACGCCUCAUCCAGGAGCAUCGGGGCCCUGAACAAAAUCAACUUCAACACCCGCUUCGUCAUGAAGACACUGAUGACCAUUUGCCCGGGGACCGUGCUGCUGGUGUUCACCAUUUCCCUGUGGAUAAUUGCCGCGUGGACCGUCCGAGCGUGCGAAAGGUACCACGACAACACGGACAUAACCAGCAACUUCCUCGGGGCCAUGUGGUUGAUUUCGAUCACUUUUCUCACAAUUGGUUAUGGGGACAUGGUGCCCAAUACCUACUGUGGGAAAGGGGUUUGCCUCCUCACAGGCAUUAUGGGUGCUGGAUGUACUGCUUUGGUGGUUGCCGUUGUUGCAAAGAAAUUGGAAUUAACCAAAGCUGAAAAACAUGUACACAAUUUCAUGAUGGACACACAGCUGACAAAAAGAGUGAAAAAUACUGCUGCAAAUGUACUCAGGGAGACGUGGCUAAUCUACAAGAACACAAAACUUGUUCGGAAGAUGGACCAUGCCAGAGUUAGAAAGCACCAAAGAAAAUUUUUACAAGCAAUCCACCAAUUAAGAAGUGUAAAAAUGGAGCAACGCAAGCUGAACGAUCAAGCAAACUCACUCGCGGACCUUGCAAAGACUCAAAACACCAUGUACGACCUGAUUUCGGACUUGAACGAAAGGGGGGAAGACAUGGAGAAGAGGAUCUCGCACCUGGAGACCAGGCUGGAGACUCUGCUGGAGAGCCUUCGGGCCCUGCCCGGACUGAUAAGCCAGAUCAUUAGCGAGCAGCACAUGGACUUCCUGGAGUUCCACGUGCAGCCUUUUGAUAAACUCAAUUCCCACAGCCCCGACCGUUCCCAUUCCCUGUCCCGGAGGAAGUCCACGUCCACGGCACCAGCAACCUCCUCGGAGAGCAACUAGAGCCUGACCCGACACAGUAAAGACGUUUUCUGCGUAUAUGCAUUCAAUGAGAAGCAAUAUUAUUUUAUUAAAGCAUUUUAAAGUAACAUCCAAGCUUUGAUUACAGAAUCAAAAGUAUCUGUAUAAUAAACUUUUAAAGACCACUCCGCCAUUUGUUAAGAACCUUUGAUAUAUUACUUUUUUUCACGAAGGAUUUUACAUUUUACAUCCUUUUUGGCAGUGUCCCUCACGGAGAUACGUCGGAAGAGGUUUAGCAGUUUUAUUGGGAAUGGUCUUAGGCAUUUCGUCCUUUUUUCCAUGUAAAAUCAGCUAAUUUAAAUGUUUGGGGAAAAAAGUAAGCAGUAACUCUCAUUUCUUAUUUAAAGGACAACUUUGGGGGUUUUUUUUUUUUUCAGGAAGUAUUUCCAGCAGGCUGAUUAGAAAUGCUAAUUUAGUCACAUCUUUCUUCGUGAAGCUUCGUUCGCCCCGAUAAACCGCUCCUCUCUGCUUUGCGAGUCAAACGAGGCCAUGCGAACGAGGCUGGAAGUGCCCGUAAAAUAACCUCCCUCAACAUAAUAACUGCACAGCCCGAAGGGCGCGUCCCUUCUGAAGUACGGGAGCAGCACAGUGAAAUUAGUUCUUUUUGCUACACACUUAAGGGGUUUGGAAUUGAGAGCAAAAGAUGAAUAUGAGACAAAAGUACAAAUACAAUCUGAUUUUAUUUUAUGCCAUUUACAUGCGUUCAGUUUACCAUUUUAUAGAAACUGCUGUUUUUGUGGCGAGUCCUCUGUUUUCAGCUGUGCAAAAGUACGUUGAUGGAUGCACUUAAAAAAAAAUCUAAGCAAUAGCCUAAUAUUUAUUUAUAUAGCCCUGAAAUGCCCUCAAAAUGCAAUCAUUGCAUGAAGUCUGUGACAUCACCAAUCGUUUGCCAUCUUCUUUGGAAAUGCUUUUCCUGCGGCUGCUUUGAGUUGAUCUUUGUUUUGGGAGGUUUUUUGUCUACAGUCUCCUCUUCAGAAAGUGAAAUGGAAGCUCAGUUGGAGUUAAAUCAGGUGACUGGCUUGGCGAGUCCAAACUUUCCGCUUUUUCCCACUGACGAAUGCUUUGGCUGCAUAGGCAGUGUGCUUGGGGACAUUGUCUUGCUGCUGGAUUAAGCACCGGCCGAUGAGGUAGGAGGAAUGUCUUUGUACGUAGCCAGACAAAAUCUGUCUGUACACUGCCUACAUCCUACAGCUGCCAUCCUGUGUUACAUCAUCAAUAAAGACAAGUGAGCCUGUUCCAGAAGCAGCCAUGAGACUACCUUCUCCAGGUUUCACAGAUAAGGGAGGGGGGUGCUUUGCAUCAUGGGCUGUUCCUUCCUUUUUCCACACUUUCGGCUUUCCAUCAUUUUGGUCCAGUUUUAUUUUUGUCUCAUCUGUCAAUGAAACAUCUGCUCCAGAACUCUUCUGGCUCAUCUGUAAUUUUUUUUUUUUGUGAAUUCUAAUCUGGCCUUUCUAUUCUUGCUGCUGAUGAGAGGUUUUCAUCUUGCAGUGUAGCCUCUAUACUUCGGCUCUGAAAGUCUUCUGCGUACGGUAGUUUGAAAUGUCUUCACCCCUGCUCUCUGGAGACGGCUGGUGUUAGGAUUUUUCUUCACAACUCUUAGGAUUCAUCAGUCAUCUACUACAGGUGUCUUCCUUCUCUGACCUGCAGGGUAUCUAUUUCUGAGUCCACCUGUGUUUUCUUUCUUUCUUUCUCAAAGACUUUCUUUCUUUUUCAGAACUGCUGAACUUGACAUACCUUGACAUUCUGUGCUGUCCUUCUUAAUGAAUUCUUCUGUCUUCUCAGCUUACAGUGGUUUUGUUACAGUUGCUUUUCAGUCAGUUAGUCCUCUGGUCUUCAUGACCAGAGGCUUUUUCACGGAUUGUUCAGACAUAAAAGAGCAGUGAGUGUCUAGUCUUGGUUUUGCCUUCAUUUUUUUAUGUGAACAAUCCGUGAAAAAGGAAACACCAGAGCAACAAUUAAUGCCUGUCAGUCAUACCUUAACUUACUUUUGCACAUCUGAAAAUGGGGGGGGGGGGCUCAACACAAAACAGUUGUUUCUAUAAAAUGCUCAAACAUAUACGCAUAUAAAUACCAUGAAAUAAAAGCUGAUUGUACAUUUAUCUCAUAUUCAUCUUUUGAUUUCAAAUCCAAAUGCCCCAUGGCUACAGCAGAAAUAAUACAUUUCACUGCACCAUUCCCAUGCUUUUGGAGGGGAAUUAAUUUUGCAUCAGUCCAUCACCACGCAUUUGGUGUUUCAGUUGACGGACUACUUUUUUUAGCGGAAGCGUACACUGUUCUCAGUGAGCACUACGGCAAGCUUAGAAGCGUGUGACACUGCAUAAAUACAGCCUGCCACAGUGCAAAUAAGGAAGUGUUUCUACAAUGCAAAAAAGUACUGAAAAUGAACAUUACUAUUAAAGUAUGGAACAAUAACUGCUCAGAAUUAUCUAUUAAAUACAUCGGUAUGUGCUAAUCAAGCUUGUGUUUGGUGGAAAGCCACAUUUAGAGGGCAUUUCAAGUCUCAUUCACACAGUCCCAUUAGACUGCAUUGCAAAGCAGAGUGGAACGGUUCUCAGGGUGACCAAAGCUCAAUAAAGAAAGAUGUGACACAGUUAUUAUCACUAUCAAUCAGCAUGGUGGAUGAUUGGAAAAAGUAGAUCAACAUCCAAUAAAAACCGAAGUUAUCCUUUAUGAUUGAAAGCUUCUCAGCAGUUUGAUAGAGGCUGAGGUGCCCCAUAGUCCGUAAUCAGACCCUUACUGUCCUUGAAUCCUGACAGCACUGUUUCCGACUACGCUUGGGCGUCACAUUAGCAGUCUGGGGCGGAGAGCUGACAGUAGGCUAACCAUAUUAGCCUAGUGCUAACCCCCAACCACAGUCCGCUAACCCGAGUUAGCAGUGGGCUUACAUUAGCGGCAUGCUAUUAGCGCAAAUUAAUGUAUGCCACUGCGUUAUCUUGUGCUCCUGGCUGACAGCCCGGUGCCUCCCCCAGUAUAAUUACAGUAACGCGUCCCCUGUUGAGGCCCAGCUUUGAGGGACCACAGUCCCACAUUGUAGUGCAGUCUCCUCUCUCUCUGCAGCUCUCGUGCCAGGAGAAAUAGUCACAGCGCCUGAUGCCCACAAAAAAAGAGACAAUCAAAACUCCAAAAAAAAAGUACUAGUACUACAUACACAUUAACAGAAUUUGACAUUAUUUCAAAGAUUUCCUCAUGUUAUUUUAAAUUGUCAGUAGCUACAUUCCCAUUAGAAUGGUGCAGUAAAUACCUGUGAGCACUAAAAAAAAAAAAAAUCACUUGUACUGUACUUUCCGUAAUGGAAGACUGACUGGGUGGCCCCAGCACAGGUAAUGCAGAGCUCAGUCAGGUGGAAGAAGAAUGCCUUGCAGGAGCAUAUGAAACGUCACCACGGCCAUAAAUUAUUUUCCGCUGCAUCUGUCGAGUUCAAAAUGGUCGCCGGUUAAGACUACCUCUGUCGGAUGAGUUUAAACGUCCUAGUUAACGGCGCGUUAAAAUGGCGUUAAACCAGCAUUGAAACUCUGUUAGACCAGUGUGAGACCAGCAUUAUAUCUGCGUUAAACCAGUGUUCAAAACAAUGCGUUAAACCAGCAUUAAAUCUGCGUUAAACCAGUGUUCAAAACAAUGCAUCAAACCAGCAUUAUAACUGUGUUAAAACUGUGUUCAAAACAAUGCAUUAAACCAGCAUUAUAACUGUGUUAAAACUGCGUUAAAACAGUGUUAAAACAGAUUUCCAUAACAUAGGCUAUUAAGUUGUACUGAUAGUAAAAUAGCCUUGCACAAAUCAUGCAGAAUCAAUUUUACAGGCUAAAAAUCUAUUCAAAAACACAUAUCUUGUCAAGUGCUUUGUGAACAAUUACAUGUGAAUGUUUUAUCACUUCCAAGGUAGAUUUGCUGUGGCAUUUUAACCAAAAUAUAAGAGCUUAGCACUUAGGUCAACAAUUUUUAAAAAGUCCAAAAUUAUGAUUAUUAUUUGAUACUUCUAACAAAAAAUCUAUUUAAAAAAUGAAUCAAUCAAUCUCUCAAAUGAAGAUUGUAACACGUGUUCAUAUAAAAAAACAUUUUAGCUGCAAUUAUUGGUGAAGAUACAUUCAAUCACUUUAACUUAAGUCUGUACAUCACUGGAAUACUGAGUAUGCGAGCUUCAGCAUCUCCUCUGUUCCUAGUACAUAUUGGCCAUCAUAGCUUCAUGUUAUAUAGCUCACACAUUUCCCAAAAAAUAUAUUUAAUAGUAUGAAGCAUCAUUUUCGGCAGUUUAUGAAUUCUUUACUUGUGAGUUCGGUUCUUGAAUUGGCUUGAUUUUAAACAUCAAUUUGAAGAAAGUAGGGGAUGGUACAUGAAAAUUUUUGGACUGAAGCUUAAGUUAACAUUAAACUACAGUCACAGUUUUGUUUGAUACUUUGCAUCACUGAAAAAGACACUAUUGAUUAAGUGCUUUGAAAAAGUAUUCAGACCCUUGGACAAUGAACAUUUUGCUGGAUUGCUGGAUGUUAGUGACAUUUUUUAUCUAUUAAAUAUAGUUAUUCAUCCCCCCCCCCCCCCGCUUCUGGUCUUUGGUGGACUGAAACAGGGUUUUCUGUCUGGAUUUGCUUAUAUUUUAUGCUGUCAAACUUUUCUUCAGUUCUGAUAAGUUUGCCAUUCCCUGCUGAACAGACACAUCCCCACAGCACAAUAUGGCUGCCACCAGGCUUCACCACCGGGAUUAAUGUGUAAAAGUGGGACGUAUGUAUUCUUGGGUUUUGUGCCAGUCACAAGGCUUCAGAUUUUGAGCAAAAACCUAAAUUUAGCCAUGCUGAAUUUUAGCUGCAUCAGUGUCAUGUUUAUUUCAUCUUCCAAGUGGGUUUGGAGGUUGGCUUUUUUAUUUUUAAUAAUGGCUUCUUUCAUUAUAGCUGAUCCCUGGCCCUGAUGAGGUGUGGAAGACGGCCAACGUGCUCCCACUACAUAAAAUCACUGAUCCCUGAAACCUAAAAAAAACGACCUCUCUCUCCAAGCGUUCCUGCCUGGCGGAAAUCAUAGAUUCCCUGAUCAAUGAUCAGCUCUGUUAUUUCCUGGAUAUGAAAUUAAUCUCGGUUAUCAUUCGAGGUUUUGAGAUGGAUGUAGAACCACUCCGGCUGCAAGUCUCGUUUAAAAUGGACCGCUUUUAAAAAGCGCCUUGGAUAGGAAAGAGCAUUGCGCUACUCUGUUCAUUCAUCUCUCAUUUGAUGCAUUAUUGCUGCAUAGGCUGUCCUCUCUUGGGUUAGGUCUGCAUGGAAGUGGUUUCAUGAGAUUUGGUGAUCAUAUUGUGAGGGCAUCUUAGACCAUUUCUCCGUACAGGAUAUUUCAAGAUCCUUCAGAUCCUUCACUCUAUACUUGUGGAUUUCCCUCUUCAGUUCAAACCACAGAUAGGACCGGAACAUCCAGUUCCAGUCCGAAUGCUGUUUAACAAACUCAAAUUUUGUAUUUUUUUGUGAUUGCCCUCAACUGUCUUAAGAGGUGGUAACCAGC